GUUGGUGGGGAUCAUCAAAAGAAGUCCCGUAAAUCUUUCUUGUGAUGCAGAUCUGAGCUGCCUGCAGAUUUUUCCCCCUUCCAACAAGACCAAAAAAGCAAAGGAGAUGCAGAAGUGUAAGGAUAGAAUUGCAUAGCCUUGAGGUUCCUGCACUCAACAUUGUAGCCUACUCUGGAGAAACAGCCCUUUUCAACUGGAAGGAUUUUUUCCCUCUAAGAUCAUUCAGAUAACUCCUUCCCAGAAGGGGUUUAGAGGACCAAGCCAAGUGAUUGCUGAAUGAUCAGAUGAACAGACUUCAUUCUGAUAACAUCAUAAGCUCAGAAAUACUGAAAAUUCCAGCCUUCGUUGGCAGUGGGAAAGUGGAAUAACUUUUCUUAUAUUAUCUCACCCAAGACUUAACUUCUAAUUCCAGGGGAUUAUUUUGCCCAGGAAGAAAUGGUCUACCAGAAGAUUAAGAUGAUACAUGUUUUCAUUAUUAUUCUUGUGGUUUCUUGUUUACUUUUUAUCAUAUCUAAGAUGAGUUCAACAGAAAUCUGCACCUUUUGCAUAAGAAAAGAAGGCACACUAGUUUUCAAGAAACAUGGUGGGACCUUUCUUCAGCUCCCAGAUAUAGACUGCAGAGAGAAUCCUCCAUUUUUGGUUGUAAUGGUGACUUCAUCCCACAAUCAGAUUAAAGCACGGAUGGCUAUCCGUGAAACCUGGGGAAGAAAAAGAAGUAUAAAAGGUAAACGUAUAAUGACAUACUUUCUGCUAGGAAUCACAAAUUCAAAAGCUGAUGAUGUGGUGACACAAGAAAGCCAGAAAUACAGAGAUAUUAUCCAGAAAGACUUUUUAGAUGUCUAUUUCAAUUUGACUCUUAAAACAAUGAUGGGAAUAGAAUGGGUUCACCAAUUUUGUCCUCAAUCUGGCUUUGUGAUGAAGACCGAUUCUGACAUGUUUGUAAAUGUCUACUAUCUAACUGAACUCCUUAUGAAGAAAAACAGAACAACCAGGUUUUUUACUGGUUUUAUAAAGAUGAAUGAAUCUCCAAUUAGAAAAAUAUUUAAUAAGUGGUAUGUAAGUCAAUAUGAAUACCCAUGGGAAAAAUAUCCACCUUUUUGUUCUGGAACAGGUUAUGUUUUUUCUAGUGACAUUGCAAGUAAGGUUUAUAAUGUUUCAGAAAAGGUCCCUUUUAUUAAACUGGAGGAUGUUUUCAUGGGACUCUGCCUAGCAGAACUCAAAAUCAAUCUAGAAGAACUACAUUCAGAACAGACCUUUUUCCCAGAUCGUCUCAAGUUUUCUACCUGUCGCUUUAAGAAAAUUGUGACCUGCCAUUUUGUCAAACCAGCAGAACUGCUGAUAUAUUGGAAAGCUUUGGAGAGAUCCUUAAAUGAAAAGUGUCCAGCUGUUUGAAAUGAUAGUAAUGACACACCAGGACAAAUAUCAGACACUCUGCAAUGACAUUUUGGAAGGAGAAGCACAUUUUUGAAUGGCAUUGCUGAGAAUCACAACCUAUCGGCAUUAGGGAGGGAGAAGAGGACAGAGCAAUGUUCCUUAGUGUUCUGAACAAAGAACUAAAAAUUUAAAACCUAAAUUGUAAUCCUGAAAUGAUUUAUACAUUCUACUUUGAGCCCCCUCAAAAUGAAAAUAACCAAAUAACAGAUUAUUGGGCACCUAUAAUAUUUCUCUACCUCCAACCCAUCCUAGCAUCCCUUGAUGUUUAUAUUCUAUCUGAUGCACAAAGACAGAUGUACCCAAUCCCUUCAUUAAGAUCUGGCUAGAUAAGCAAGGAAGCCUACUGUUCUCUGUUUAGUAUUCAGUGCUUCAUUGAGAUGAAUCAUAUCUCAAUUCAGCCCUAGACAACACUCAGUUCUAAAUUGGAGCCAGCACUUAUUUGGACCUUAUUUUCAAAGCCCCAAAUGAUAACACACUGGGUAUGUAGAACAUUCUAUUGUACUACUGAAUCUCAGAGCUUUAGUUUGUCUCUGAGCUAUUCUGCCAUUGAAAUUCAAUUCUAGGGGGCAACUAGGUGGCACGGUGGAUAAAGCACUGGCCCUGCAUUCAGGAGGACCUGAGUUCAAAUCUGACCUCAGAUACUUGACACUUACUAGCUGUGUGACCCUGGCCAAGUCACUUAACCCUCAUUACCCCGCAAAAAUAUUAAAUUCUAUAUGUCAUUGAUUGUUCAUUUAAUAUAGAAGAAACAGGGGCAGCUAGGUUUUGCAGCAGAUAGAGCACCAGCCAUGGAGUCAGGAGGAUCUGAGUUCAAAACCGGCUUCAGACACUUAACACUUACUAGCUGUGUGACCCUAGGCAAGUCACUUAACCCUAAUUGUCUCACAAAAAACCAAACCAAACCAAAACAAAACAAAAAAUAUAGAAGAAGCACUGUUGGGAAUGCAAGGGCUCAGGUACUCAUCCCUUCCUAUCUCAGCUGUGUGAACCAGUUUAGUCUUGUAGCCUCCCUCUAAGUAAGAGGGUCAGAAUCCCCACUGUCACACUCAUUUACUUGCUAACAGCCCACACCCCAUGAUCUGAGUGAUGAUACUAAUUUUAAUGAAAGUUUUGACUUGUGUUUGUAUCCUUUCAUUCAGGGAUGGGGCAGGUGGUUGUUUUCUACACAGUAAGAAGAAUGCUAAGCAUAAAAAGAAAUUAAUGCAUGCAUCAACAGAAUGAUUAGAAUUUAGUAAUUUAACUAAGAAGUAUUGAUAUAAUCAUUUGAGAAGUGAAUAUUAUGACACGCAAGAAUAUAAAGCAAUUGUGCAAUUCCAAUAAUUUCACCUCAGCACAUCCCCUGCCAUGAGCUACUGCUGCUUUGAGGACACUGAAGCACCUUUUGCAAAGCUUCUCAAGACCUCUGGGUCAUUUGAAACUUACAAAGUUCUAGUCUUUGUCUAGACAUAGGAUAGUCCUUCAUGUAAGAUGAGGAAGAAAUAAACACAAAGAAUGUUUUGUGCUCAUGGCUGCAAGGAAGCUGGGUCAGAGAUAGGACACCUGGCUCUUAGUAUGCAGCUCUAGGUACUCUUCACACUUAAUAGUUAGAAAGAAAGAAAAAAUGAAACGUCGCUGUAGCUUGCUUUUUUAUAUCCGGAGUCAUCAGUUCUCCUGGCUCAGCAACCAAUUUAGGAGAUUACAAUCAUAUAGUGCAAAUUCUGCAUGAUUCGAAGUAUGCCCCACCUAAGUUUCUGUGUGGUGGGUUGGAACCAGGUGUUCUCUACCCUGCUGUGCAUGCUCCAAGGAAUGGCUUCUUUUGGUCAGUUUACCCAUAUUAUGUUUAGGUAAAAUGAGAUGAGCUACAGUAUUUUUAAAAUUUUCACACUUAAAAAAACUUAAGGUACAAACAUUAGGGUACAAGCAUAUGCAUUGCAGGAUUCUUAAUGCAUGAAUUAGUUUUUACUAACAUAAUAUUCCUUUAUCGACAUCUACUAUGGGCCAACCAUUUAAAAGUUUCAGAGACUCAGCUUUUUGGGUCGGUCUAGCUAGAUUGAUAAGAAAUUCCUGAACUUUAAGGUUUUGAGUUUUCUCUGUCAUUUUUUUUUUUCCGAAUGGAGGUCUGAAUCUACCUUUUUCUCAGGGAUCUGGUGAAAAUGAGGUAAUUUUUUUUGCAAAGGGCUUCAAGCUUUUGGGAAGCAUGCCUUACAUAAUGCAAAUUAAUAGUUUGUUACUAUUAUUUAUUAUUCUCACCAGACUUUAAUGGGUGAUUAUUAUAAAGCAUCUCAGAAGUGUAGAGUACUGAAUAUCAUUAUACAUCUGAAAUGACAUGAAAUCAGUCUUUUUCCCGAACUUGAGAUCAUCUUAUAUUUGAUACAAAAUGGUCAUAACAGUUCACAUGAAGGUUUCAACAGUUCCAUUUUACAAAGCUAAUCUUUCUUGAAUAGACUUUUAAAAACGUUUUUCCUUGUUUUGAAGCUGCAGCAUACAUUUCAUUCAAUUAAAUAACUAUUUAUUGUGUCUAUUAUGUGGAAAGCAUUAUACUUGAUACUAAAUACACAAAGAGGAAAAAGACGUAGCCUCUGCCUUUAAGGAGCUUACAAUAAAAAGAGAGAAGAAAUAAGCCAUGAACACAAAUAAUUGUAAUACAAGGUAGAACACAAUAUGAGAAAGGAGAGGUCAACACAAGGUUCAAAGGGAACUUUGAGGAGGUAGAGAUUACUUUUGACUGCAGGGUGGGGAGGGGAAGUCUUCAUGGAAGAAGUGACCUUCAAAUAUGAGAAGUGUCUAAAUAUGUAAAGUUGAGGAAGGAGUCUAUGAGAGAGAACUUCCUAUGAGAGAAAACUUGCAUAAAUAUGUAAAAAUGGUAAAGGAAUAAUUCAGCUUGGCUGGAAUGUACCAUCAGAUACAUGAAGUCAGAGAAGAGUCCAGUUUGGAAAAAGUUGGUAGAAUAACUUCUUACUAUAUCACAGGUUUGAAUGUCUAUGAUUCUAUUCAUUUUUGACUAGUAUCCAUAACUGAGCCAGAUCUAUAUUUCACUAAGUGUGAAAUGUGGUAUGAAUACAUCAUGAUUAAUCAUUAGUCAAGUAUCAA